GAGCGCAGACACCAGCCUCUUUUAUUCACUGUGACAGCAAAGGGUCACGCUAGAAACUGCAAUUGCUGGGACUUGUCAGGUGGCCUCUGAUCUCUCUCUCUCUCUCUCUUUUUCAUUCUCUCUCUUAUCAUUCUUCCUAGGAACGGACAUUCCUACUGACACCUGGUUGGAUAGCUGUAGACAGUGCAUUGCUGAGGAAGCAAGCUCUUGGCUGUGAUAUUCCAUUGCAGUCAUGGCGCCUAAAAAGAAGAACAUCAAAAAGAACAAAGGCGAUAUCAAUGAGAUGACUAUAAUUGUGGAGGAUGGCCCCCUAAGUAAACUAAAUGGCUUGAAUGGCUUCUUAGACGGAGGGAAUGGCUUCAGCUGCAUCUCAGCUGAGGUUUCUGAUUCUUCUUAUAGCCCAAAUCUCUUGGAAGGGCUAAGCAGAAUGAGGCAGGAAAAUUUUCUUUGUGACUUGAUUAUUGGUACCAAAACCAAAUCCUUCAAUGUUCACAAGGUGGUGAUGGCUUCAUGCAGCGACUACUUUCAUAACAUCUUAAAGAAAGAUCCAUCUACUCAAAGAGUGGAUCUCAAUGAUGUAUCCCCAUUGGGCCUAGCCACUGUUAUCACCUAUGCUUACACUGGAAAGCUAACUCUUUCACUCUACACAAUAGGUAGUAUCAUUUCCACAGCAGUCUAUCUUCAGAUUCACACCCUUGUAAAGAUGUGCUCUGAUUUUUUGAUGCAAGAAAUCAAUGUGGAGAACUGCAUGUAUAUUGCCAAUAUUGCAGAGACAUAUGGACUAAAAAACACCAAGGAAGCAGCACAGAAAUUUAUUAGAGACAACUUCAUUGAGUUUUCAGAAACAGAUCAGUUCUUAAAACUUACUUUUGAUCAAAUCAAUGAACUCCUUGCAGAUGACGACUUGCAGUUGCCUUCUGAAAUUGCUGCAUUCCAGAUAGCAAUAAAAUGGCUGGAAUUUGACCAAAAAAGAGCAAAGUAUGCUGCAGAUCUCUUGGGCAACAUUCGUUUUGGUACAAUCUCUGCUCAAGACUUGGUCAAUUAUGUUCAAACUGUACCCAGAAUGAUGCAAGACACAGACUGCCACCGACUUCUAGUGGAUGCCAUGAACUACCACUUGCUUCCAUAUAAUCAGAAUACACUGCAGUCUAGAAGAACAAGGAUUCGUGGAGGUUUCAGAGUCCUAGUUACUGUUGGGGGACGCCCAGCAUUAACAGAAAAGUCCCUUAGCAGAGACAUCUUAUACAGAGAUCCUGAUAAUGGAUGGAAGAAGCUUACUGAAAUGCCUGCUAAAAGUUUUAACCAGUGUGUGACUGUGAUGGAUGGAUUUCUCUAUGUGGCUGGUGGUGAAGACCAGAAUGAUGCCAGGAACCAGGCCAAGCAUGCUGUCAGCAAUUUCUGCAGAUAUGAUCCUCGUUUCAACACAUGGAUUCACCUGGCCAACAUGAAUCAGAAGCGCACCCAUUUUAGCUUGAAUGUAUUCAAUGGCCUCCUUUUUGCAGUGGGUGGUCGCAACUCUGAAGGGUGUCUAUCCUCAGUUGAAUGCUAUGUGCCUGCAGUUAACCAGUGGCAAAUGAAGGCACCACUGGAGGUAGCAAGGUGCUGUCAUGCCAGUGCAGUCAUAGAUGGUAGAAUCCUGGUCACAGGAGGUUACAUAAAUAAUGCUUACUCCCGCUCUGUGUGUAUGUAUGACCCCAGCAAUGAUAGCUGGCAGGAUAAGUCCACCCUUAGCACUCCAAGAGGAUGGCACUGUGCUGUUUCCCUUGGGGAGAGGGUCUAUAUCAUGGGUGGGUCCCAACUGGGGGGUCGGGGUGAAAGGAUUGAUGUCCUCCCUGUUGAGUGCUACAAUCCUUAUGCUGGCCAGUGGAGCUAUGCUGCUCCCCUGCCAACUGGAGUGAGCACUGCAGGUGCUUCCAUUCUUAAUGGGAAAAUUUACUUGGUGGGUGGCUGGAAUGAAAUAGAAAAGAAAUAUAAGAAGUGCAUUCAGUGCUAUAAUCCGGAUCUUAAUGAAUGGACUGAGGAAGAUGAGUUGCCUGAAGCCACAGUAGGAGUAUCUUGUUGUACCAUUGCCAUGCCCAAUAACAAAACCAGGGAAUCCAGGGCUAGCUCAGUAUCUUCUGUGCCAGUCAGUAUUUAAAGAUUAUAAUUAGGUUUCAUCAAGAAUAAAUAAAAAACUUUUAUUUACACAGCUGUGUAGUUAACCCUUUAAGUAGCCUUCUCUGCUUUAUGUGGGGUGGGAAAUUGCCAUUGUAAAAAUUUUAAUUUUACAAAACUGGCCAAUUUUCAUGAUCUUUAAAAUACAUGGUGUGAAACAACAUCUUUAAGAUACAGUAAAUUUACUUAGUGGGAAUAUAAUGUUGUACCACAGUUAGAACAGGGACUCAGUCCUAUCCCUAACUUUGCCACUGACUUGCUGUGUUACUUUUGGCAAAUCACUUAACUUCUCUCUUCCUCUUUUUCCUCAUCUGAAAAUGGGGAUAAUAAUCAACUAAUGUUUUUAAAGUGCUUUGAGACCUUGGCAUAAGAGGCACUAGGGAACAGCCAAGGAUUAUUAUUAAUAAAUCUUCAUAUAUUAGUAAUAUACCAUGGCAUCAUAAACUUGGUCACUUUUGUUCUCUUUAUAGAUUUUAUAUAUGGCGAAAGAUAUUUAACAAUUUAUUGCACAUAUCAAGUAUGAAAUAUAUAUUUUCCCCUCUAUGUAGUGAUGUCCACAAACAAGUCUUCAAAACUUUAUUUCCCUUACUGCAUUGUGAUUUACGAUGUAGACAUUUAAUUUUUAUAGGUAGGUCUGUGACACGGAUUUCAAGAGCCAAACUGCACAAAUACAGAAGCUUAUCUGUCCAUUAUGGGCCAGUCCUGAGGACCUUGCUCAGGGCACCAGGCUCCUCCACCCCCCUCCACACACACAAGGGAGCCUACAUCUCCAGAAGGGGAGAUUCCACCUCUGUUACAUACUCACUGGAAAUCACUCCAUGGGGACUUAGCAGUGUACAAGAUCAGCAGAGAUGGAAGGGGCAGGCCCAUCAAUAGUCCUGCUUCUACAGGUUCCCACCUGCAGAGGAAGAGGAACACACUAUAAGUUAAUAUACCCCAAGACUGUCUUCUGUGCUGUAAAAGAAACCCACCCUAGAGGUGUCCGGUGUAACCACCAUAUUGAGAAUCCCAGGAAGAAGAACUCCUGCUUGGAGCCAGACGUAGCUGCUGGUGUCAAAAGCAGAGUGGAUACAAAAAUAAUCUUUUCUGCUCAGUCCAACAAAUUCCCAUUGGAUUAAGGAAUAAGGACUGAGUAAAGGUCGCAGGUUUUGGCCCAAAGCAUAGUUAGGUGGGGAAUAGUGAGUUGUAAGGCAAAACUCUGGAUUGAAAUGGAAUAGGUUUUCCAGACUAUUAAUGAUGGGAUGUUUUGAUGCCUCCAUUACCAGUCACAGACACAGUAUCCCCAAAACUAAGCUUUUCCUGGCCUUACCUUUGUGUAUCAUAGAAGUGUAGGAUUGGAAAGGACCUCAACAGGUCAUCUAGUCCAGUCCCCUGCACUCAAGGCAGGACUAAUUAAUAACUAGAUCAUUCCUGAUACAGCUUCUUGUGCUGCCUUGAACACAGCUCUUUUUAUAAUGUGACUUUUUAUUGCAUUUUGCCAAAGACUUAGGGUGAAAUCUUGGCCCUGUGGAAGUCAAUGGAAGUAUUGCCAUAGCCUUCAGUGGGGCCUGGAUUUCAUCUUUACUCUCUAAGAAUUGCUAUCUUGGUUGCAGCACUGUGCAUGGGCAAUUAAGCAUGCAACUGCUGCUAAUUUUCAUUGCCAAUGGGACAUGCACACCCAAUUUCCUCUGCGAUGUGCCUAGAAUUGACAUCUAAAGAUCUGUUAUUAAUAAAGAUUUAUACACCCUUCAGCUGGGAGGAAAUAAGCAAUUAAAUGAACUACAAUGAUUAGGUAAGAACUCACUCAAACUGGAAGAACACACUCUUGUACAGAUUCAUACAGCCUUCACAUACAAUUUUCUCUGAAUGCAAUGAACACCUCAAGGGGGCAGUGUCCAUUAGAAGGCAAAGUCAACCAGAAAGCAAUGUUUACUGGUCACCCAAGUGCUUUACCCCAAUCACAAAGGGAAUCCUUUCAAACUAUCUGCAAAUGCAGGAAUUCUUUGGCCAAGCAUUUGCAGCACUCUCAUAACCUGAGCAUUCUUUGGCAAGUAAAGUUAUAUAUUAAGCAUUGGCAAUUAACAUGAUAUUGUGUCAGAAAUCUGAGUUACAUAAAAAAGUGACUCACCCAGUCAACUGGGAUUAAACUGAGUUUUGCACAGUCCGGUUUUCCAUUUGGUCUAAUAGAGUUAAGGAUCAUGACUACAUUUUAAGUAAUUCCUAAUCCCCACAUUCUAUUUUUGAGUAUUGUGCAUUAUUAGGAUAUACUGCAUUGUACUGACUUACAGUCAGAAGUCUUAUUACAGUAGCGUUAUCACUGUGUCAGUAUUGUAUAUAAUUUAGUUUGGCUAAUUUAAUUUAAAUACAAUUACAUUUACACUUUAUAUUGUAUAAUUUAAAUAAAUAACUCAGAUCUAUAGUGAUUUAAUCCAACAUAAUGUAAAAUUGAGUGAGUAUAAUUUCAUUUUAAUAUAAAAAUGCUGUUCUUGCCCCCUUCAAUCAGCAGUAACAUUAUUUGAUUAUUUUACUCUUCUCAUAUAAGAUCCUGGACACACAUUCCACGUGAAACCAUUUAAGUGGCCCUUUGUAAAAUCUUUCUGUCUGCUACAAUAAUUCUCUGUAAAGACUACAGUUAUCCUUUUGUUAAAAGUGGGUGUUCAGCAUCCAUGCCAAUGCAUAUAACACAGACAUCUAUGCACUCAUGUUAGAGGUCUGCUAGGUAUUUCUAAAACACUCAUCAUCGUAGUAGUACCUAGGUGGUAAAUAACUAAAAAUACAAAUAAAUAAUCAUUUUGAUGUCAAACUGUGUUUGGGAAAAAAUUGUGCCACAUGAAAAAAAACAAAAACAAAAAAACCGAGGAGUCCGUGUGGCACCUUAGAGACUAACAAAUUUAUUUGGGCAUAAACUUUUGUGGGCUAGAACCCACUUAAUCAGAUGUAUGAAGUAAAAAAUACAGGAUAUUCUUUUAGAAUAUCAAUUCCAAAACUAGAUGUACAAUAAAAUGUAGUCCGUUUUUGCAAAGUUCUCUCAUGAGCAGAUAUCCCCCCCCAUAAACAAACAAUGAUCUGCUUUCAUUUUGCAAAUGAAGUUAUUUAGGAACUAUGGGCUAAGUGUACUGGAAUUACUCUUAUGCUACUUGAAGGGUUAACCAUUUGGGCCAAAUCCUGUUAAUCUUGCUCACACAAUUUUGAAUAAGGUAAACAGGAUUUGGCCCGAUAAGGCAAAUUCUGUCAGAAUAUUGUACAUAAGUGCCUGACAAAAUAAUCCAUGCCCAGAAGAUAGAACACUAUCUCAGUUCUUAGUCUGCUUCCGCCCCACUCGCAUACCCUCCACAAAUCCACAAGAAGUGUUCUGAGGCCUGGGUCAAAGGACAUUGUACACAUAUCCCCAACCCAGCUAUGGUCCUUACAUUUACCCCACCCUUGCUCAAAUUAUAUGUGCUUCAGGCCAGAAUAACCAGUACAUGGGUGGGUGUGCAGGGGCAGUUGUUACCAGCAUAGGGGUACACUGUACUGCUGCUUUUGCAGAGUGUAUAUCUACACCUGCUUAGAGUACAACAGCACACUGAACCUGGAUUUGACUCUUAGCAUGUGAACGUGUAAGGCUGAACUUAAUUUAAUCUUGAUUACACCAAGUAUCUAUUAUUGCUUAAAUUGUGACAUUUUUAUAUAAUAUUCAUUAGAACUGUGAAAAAUGGUUUGUACAUUACACGUGGAACAAUUUUCUAUCAUUGUCCUGUAUGGUAUUUUUGAUCCCAAAAUAUUUAAUAGUAACAGCUAGGUUGAAACUGGAAACAUUGUAUAUUCCUAAAAGGGAUUUUAAAGAAUGUAGUUUAGGAAACAGAAUAUAGGAUAAAAUUAUUAAGAAUAAUACAGACGAUCUUCCAUCUGAAUAAAAUACAGAUUGUUAAUUUAACACAACAUCAGAAUUUGAAUUUGCUUUAAUACUAUAGAAGUAAAAAAAAGUAAUAGAAGUUUCAAAUUCAUCUGGUUACUUUAAUCUGCCUAUGUACUUACAGAGUUCACAUGACUAGUAUCUGUGUGCCUCCCAAGAAUUUAAAAAUAGAAAUAAUUUUUCUUCACAUUCUGUAAAUGAAAUAGUUUUAUAGGUUUAUAGUUUGCCUGUUCAUUUCUCUUUGGGUGGCUGAGAGGGUGUGCUAUGGGCCUGUGUGUGAGAAGAAUAUACUGUGGGAAAACUAAGUUAGAAAGGUAAGUUUUGCUUUUAAGUUUUGCCAAUUGUCAUAUUAUCUCUUCCUGAAGUGAGUUCUAUAACCUACAUCCAGUUCCCAUGAAACUUCUGUUUCCUGCAAUUAACACACCUCCCGCAAUUAGCUAAGAGUUUCAUUGUUGUGUUAGAUCACAGAUGCCAACAGCAGUUCUGGUCUCAGAAGGAAGAACAAGCUCUCAGGCAGUAGGACCAGUUCUCAGAUAGUUAGAGGGCUUUGCAUAUCGGGUUGAGACCUUGAACUGGACAUCUUAUUUAUUGGGGAACCAGUGCAGAGAGAGAGGCUCUGGGUGGUGAGUCACAGCAACCUGUAUUCCUAAACAGAUGGGUUGCUGAUUUUGCAGCAAUCUGAGUUCUAUCAAGGUGGGCGGCUUUAUUCCUAGCUAUGAGUUGCAAUCAUCAAACCUGAAGGCUGCCAGUGUAUGGAGUGUGGUCCUGACUGUGAUCAGACCUGAGUCCUGUGGUCUGAUGUCAUCCUGAGUUUGGUCAGGUCUGAGUCCAACUUCCAGCCAAUCACAGAGAGAAGUGGGCUAUUUUGGGAUCUACAAUAAGGUAUCAAAAAGUGCCCUAAAUGGAGAUUUUAAAAUGGCAUUUGGCAUGGGAAAAAGGAAGUUAAGAAUUAAAACUGCUGAAUAGGAACAUCCUUUAAAUCAUCUUGAAGACAAGAUUAAUUAAUAGCCUGAUUUUGCAAGCCUAGCUCUGGCAAAAACCCUCACUGACUUCAGGAGGCAGUUUUGCCUUAAUCAGGAAUAUUGAGCCCAGGACCAAAUUCUGCAACCCAGUGAGAACUCUAUGCACAUGAAUAAUCCCUUGAAUUCAACAGGAUUAUGCAUAUAAAGUUAUUUACAUGUGUAACUGUUUGUAGGCUCAAGGCCCAAUGACUAAUUCAAAGAAACACAUUGAUGCUGGUCACAGAGAAGAGUUCAUAUCCUGAAAGAGGAAAAGUUCUGAAAUGAGUUUUGGGAGAAGGGGGAGAGGGAUUAAGGUAAAAGACUGCAGAUGAACCAGUGGUGUUCACUUGAAAGUGUGGCAUUGUCCACAGUACUGUCCUUGGAAGAUCUCAGGGGAAUAAAAAUGAAUGUAUGCAAUAUCAGAUAACUUAGAUGAAAGCUUCAGAUCAUAUGAUAAGGUUACAAUGUAAAAGACUAGUAUAAAGAUAUUGUCACUGAGCAUUAGAGUUACAUUAAAACUGUGAUUCGUUCGCCAGUGACCAAAAGAUGUUGAGUUGUGGGAAAUAAAUGGCAGUAUCUUUCAGUUGCUCAGAAUGGGGACACAUAAUACAAUGCAAAUUAAACUGACGCAUUGCCUUGGCUAUCUAAUUGUUGUGGUAAAUACUUAAGUUUUACUUAUUUGUGCUUAACAGUUUCCCAUUUCAUAAUUGUUAUACCUACUGCUUAAACAAACAGAUUAAUUAAAUACAAAUACCUUCAGAGUGGAAUGCAAUAAUUACAAGGGAACACACAUUUCAGUAGGAAAAGAUUGUGCAAAUUUAAUGUGAUAAUUUUAUUACUAAAAAAAUAUAACAAUUUGUAAGAUGGUGGAUGCUAGUAGGAAGUCUAUAGUAGCAUGUUUAUCAUUUUUUCAUUGUUUUCUUAUAAAUUAAUUUAAACAGCUAACACAAAGAAAGCAUAAUUUAUUCCUAUUGUGAAGUCAGUUUCAUAUGCAACUCAAAUGUUCCUAUAUGGUUAAUUUAUGAUUGUGGUACAAAUGUUUUGUUUUUUAAACCCCUUGUUAGUUCUAUAUUUCAUACCAGAUAAUUGGAACAUUCAUUCAAUUUUAACUGUAAAUUCAACAUUAGAUUAAAUUGUAUUGUAAGACAAUAGGGGCCAAUCAUGUCCUACCUUUUUCAUUUUUUUCUAACAGAAUUUCUUUCCAGUUUUGUUUUGUAAAUUGCACUCAGUAAUUUAUAAUAUCCAGCAUGCCUGACAGAGGAUGGCAAAGCUAUCUGGAUUAUACAUUUCACAUGAGAAAUAUUAGCAAUGCAUUAGAAAUAAAAAAUCUAAAUUGCAGAAGAACUGCAGGGCAAAUCCUGGAGUCAGUGGAAACUUUGCCAUUGAUUAUUAUACGCAGUGCCAAAAAAGUGUGCUUGGUGCUUUAAAACUAAUAUACUUCUGGAGGAUUUGGUUCCUCUGUACUUCAAAGUUUUCUAUUUUACUGCCAGUGGCAAUUUAUCCCUUACUGGAUUGAGAUGCCAUAGUUGGAUUUUUAAGCAAUGGCAAAUGUUGAUAAAAGCACUGAAACCCUAAUUCAAAAAAGUACUUGAGCAUGUGCAUAACCUUAAGGCUGAGUAAAGUGUUAUGCUGUAAAGACUAGUCUGUCUGUGAGAUCUGGAUGAUAAAGUUAAAACUUACUCGUUCUCAAUCUGUAAGAAAGUCAAACUGCAAAAAUGAACAUUUAAAAUGGCUGCAGAUCCAAGACUAAAUUCUUUUUCCACCAAAGUCAACAGAAGUUUUGCCAUCACUGGGAUCAUGAUCUGACUGCUGCAUACUCUAGUCUGGUCAGUGUAAUUUCUCAUACUCAGUAAGUCUGGUCAGUGUAAUUUCUACUACACUGUCAUUGAUAAGUUACCAUCCACCUACUGGACUACGAUGCAACAGGUCCAUCUUUCACUAUCAAAAAUUGACAAAGGUAUUAAGUGAGGUGUUAAAGGAUCUUUUAUGCUAUAGAAACAGGACUGAUAUUAGGAAUUAAUGUAAAUCUAAUUUAUUAAAAGAGAAGGAGAAUAUUAUGAGCUUAUUUGUAAGAGGCUUUAAGAGUUAGAGGAGGAAAAUUGAGGUUUAGUGAUAUUUUUAAUACAGAUAUUUUUGUAAUUAUGAGUAUAAAUAUUUGUUUCCCUAGAAAGAUAGGCAAAAAAAAGUCAAUCCUUUUUCUCUAUGCACUGGCCAAUACUACUUUUAGACUUUUUUAAACACAAAAAUUAUUAGAUGGAAAGUUAAAAACCUGUUAAGGUGUGUGAUAGGUGUGUAUAUACCAAGUGAAUAUUUGUGUAUUAUGUAUGCACAUCUGCACACAUUGAAUAAACACACACACACACACACACACACACGUGUGUGCCAAGCAGAUUGUAGAAAAUAGAUAUCUGUAUAUUUAUGCAAGGAGAGUAAAACUGGAAAAACAACAACAAAAAAUGUUUCUUUCAAAGUAACCGAGGGACAAACUCUGCGGUCUUUACCCAGGCAGAACUCCUACUAAAGUCAGUUAGAGUGGUGAUGCAAAAUACAUAAAUAAAGUUUGCCAUAAAUGACAUUCUUAGGGUUGACCAGGACUGUGUUUGCAAAAGUAUAUACAAAAGGAUUAUAGUGUACAUAGAACUGGCUUUCAAAAGUAUCCCAUCCACUGUCACUAAAUAUGUAGAAUCUAACUGUAUACAGUAUAUGUAUUUUCUACUGGGUAGUGUCAAUUAAUUUGGUACAUUUUUGUAAAGAUUGUUCCAAUGAAAAUAUUUUCCUUGUGCUUUUUGAUGAUCCUAGUAUCCUGUUUAGGAUGAUCUGUGGAGUACAGUUCAUGCACUGUCUUGUUUAAACUGAAUCAUCAUUAAAACUGUAUCCGGUAACAAGUGA